CCUCCCCUCCCCUCCCCAUCUCGCUCUUGCGGAGAUCGAAGAGAAGCUGAGGCCUAGCGCCGCACCCGCCGCCGCAUCAGCCAUCAGCCAUGGCGCUGGCCGCUCGCCUCGUCUCGCGCUCCCGUCAGCUACAUUCGGUUCAAGCAGCUUUUGCGAAUGGAGGUGCCACUCAAGUUCGCUCCUUUGCCAAGGAUGCAGCUCCAGCUGACCGUCCUCCUGUUAGUGGGGAUGAUCUCCUGAAGGGCAUAUUCUUUGAGGUAAAGAAGAAGUUUGAGACAGCUCUUGGCGUCCUUAAAAAGGAAAAGAUUACUAUUGAUCCAGAUGACCCAGCGGCAGUUUCUCGAUAUGCUCAAGUCAUGAAGACUGUAAGGGAAAAGGCGGAUCUUCUUUCUGAUUCUCAAAGGAUUAAAUAUACCAUUGAGACCUUCACCAAGGGCAUCCCUGAUGCACGGACUUACUUGAAUACUCUUCAACAGCUCAGAAUAAAGAGUGGUCUUAUAGAUCAUAUUGGAAUCGAACCUUUGAUGAUGGAAGCUCUUGAGAAGAUUGAGAAGGAUAUUAAGAAACCACUUUUAAGGAGUGACAAGAAGAACAUGGCCACCCUUAUGGCAGAGUUUGACAAGAUUAACGCAAAGCUUGGCAUUCGGAAGGAGGAUCUUCCUAAGAUCGAGAAAGAACUUGAAUUGGAGAUUGCCAAAAGUGAGCUGACUGAACUUAAGAAGGAAUGUGUUGAGGCAAUGGAGACUCAACUCAAGAGGGAGGAGUUCCAAGAUGAGGAGAUGCCUGAUGUCAGGAAACUGGACAUCCGAAACUUCCUGUAGGCCUGAUCGACGAUAACCUUUGAGGCAUUGCAAAUCACCCAGCCCACCUGUGAUUUUUUUUUUCUUUGGUUUUGGUUUCAAGUUGAUCGGUGCUGUAAGCUACACCUAUGAAUGCUGCUCCUUCCUUUUUUUGUAAUAAAAAAACUGCACCGAGGUACACAAACACAGUCGACCGUUGAGUUG